AUGGUUAUUUUGAUUCAUUAUCAUUUUUUCAGAAGCAAUCGAUGGUAUACACGUGUAUGUGAUGCUAUUCUUGUUUCGUUCACAAUCUUAUCAAAACUGAACGGAGGGGAAUUUGCAAAAGCUUUUCCUCAUUUCGAGGAAAUUCACUUGGAGUAUAAAAAGCUCUUUAGUCAUGCUUCGGUAAGACUCUCAUUAGAAACAAAACAAAAAAAAAGCACUAUGGUUUCCAUUAAGAAACACAUUUUAAAAAACAAACAUCCUUAA